AUGGAGAACGUGAAAGAGUCGAGUGAGGAGUUUGCUCUUCAAGGUAGUAACGAGAAGCUACCGGUGACGGGAGAAGGUGACGUGGUCCUGCAGAGUCCUUAUGGAGGAAUGAAGCUUGAGCGUAUGUUGUUGGUUGAGGAUCUGAAGGUGAACCUCGUAAGUCAAGCACGGCUUGAUGAUUUGGCGUGCAAGGUAUCCUAUGAUGAUGGUAAGGUUACGGUGUUUGGUCCUAUGUGGGAGAAGUAUUCGGAUGGUUACUUCAAUGACGGUUUUUAUGAGAUGGGUUCGAUUGCAUUGAAUGACAUGGAUGAAGUGUAUGAGGAUGGUGAAUUCUAUAAGGUUGGAUUGAAGGAGAGUUCAUUCAUUGAGCUUGGUGAGAUUGAUUACACAGAAGAUGCGGCAUCUAGUCAGAAGAAGGACAUGUCAGUCAAGGAGGAGGAUGUGCUUGUGGAGAAAACGCGCCGGCAAUGCUGGAGCAACGGCUGGCUCUCCCGUGCCGUCCCCCUCACCCCUCACCCCUCCCCUCAUCCCCCGCCGACACUUCCUCCCCUCCCCAAAGCCAGCAACGCUCUGCAGGAGCUGCCCGCCGUGCCGCCCACUGCUGAACCCAUUGCCCCUACCCCCUGCCUUCAACCUGCCCCUCCUCUACCCCUCUACCAUCCUUCCCAGUCCAUCUUGUGGCAUGGGGGGAAUUGUGGCAUAGGGGCAAGCGUGGCAUGGGGGGAAGCGUGGCAUGGGAAGUGUGGCAUGGGGGGAAGUGUGGCAUGGGUUGAAGUGUGGCAUGGGGGGAAAUGUGGCAUGGGGGGAUGUGUGGCAUGGGGGGAUGUGUGGCAUGGGGGCAAGUGUGGCAUGGGGGGAUGUGUGGCAUGGGGGCAAGUGGGAAGUGUGGCAUGGGGGGAUGUGUGGCAUGGGGGGAUGUGUGGAAUGGAGGCAAGUGUGGCAUGGGGGGAUGUGUGGCAUGGGGGCAAGUGUGGCAUGGGGGGAUGUGUGGCAUGGGGGGAUGUGUGGCAUGGGGGGUUGUGUGGCAUGGGGGGAAGUGUGGCAUGGAGGGAAGUGUGGCAUGGGGGUAAGUGUGGCAUGGGGGGAAGUGUGGCAUUGGGGGAUGUGUGGCUUGGGAGGAUGUAUGACAUGGGGGCAAGUGUGGCAUGGGGGGAUGUGUGGCAUGGGGGCAAGUGUGGCAUGGGGGGAUGUGUGGCAUGGGGGCAAGUGUGGCAUGGGGGAUGUGUGGCAUGGGGAAAUGUGUGGCAUGGGGGGUUGUGUGGCAUGGGGGCAAGUGUGGCAUGGAGGGAAGUGUGGCAUGGGGGGAAGUGUGGCAUAGGGGGAAGUGUGGCAUUGGGGGACGUGUUGCAUGGAAGGAUGUGGGGCAUGGGGGCAAGUGUGGCAUGGGGGGAUGUGUGGCAUGGGGGCAAGUGUGGCAUGGGGGGAUGUGUGGCAUGGGGGGAUGUGUGGCAUGGGGGGAUGUGGGGCAUGGGGCAAGUGUGGCAUGGGGGGAUGUGUGGCAUGGGGGGAAGUGUGGUAUGGGGGGAAGUGUGGCAUGGAGGGAAGUGUGGAACCUCUCGCCCUACCCUCGCCCUGCCAUCCCUUUGCCACCCCCGCCAUCCCCCUGCCAACCCCGCUAGCGCCCUGCCCUGGCCCCAAGCGCAGCGCAACAGCAUCGAGCUGCUCACCAUAGCAGCCAUCACCCAUCUAACUUCCGUCCAUCUGACAUAG